CCUUUCCCUAUCUUGUCCAUUCCAAUUUCGAAACCACCAAUAUAAUGCCAUCAGCAAUCCCCCUGAUCCCCUGGUCGAAAACCGUCCUCCUCUGCACUCGUGACUCGAAACAUUCGUCCGUUGUCGUACAGCAAGCUGCGCUUGAUCUGUUCGUCCUCGGCUAUCCCAAUCAUGCGAACAAACUCAUCGACGCCUUGUAUGAAUAUGGUCACGGGAUUACGUUCGACCUGUUUGUAGAUAAGACAAUGAUAGCAUUGUACAACGCUUGGGAAGCUACAAACACUACUCCUUCGUAUAUUAGCAAUCCGGAUCCAGACAAAGUGUUCAACGGCCGCUAUAAUCAAGAAAAGAGCGGAGACGUGCGAGAGUAUGUGGAUACGGAUUGGGUGAAGGGCCUACCCGAGGAGUGGAGAGAGAAGGCAGUACAAGGGGGUUUGAGCAAAAAGGAACUAGAUAUCGCGAUCCAAAGGUUGAAUACUGACCCCCAGAAUCGAGAGCCGAAUAGGAGCAGGACGGCAGUCGGCGCUAGAGAAGAUGCGUCAAACCCAGAUAUCAGCAUGACACUUGGUGCUGUGGUCCAGGUUGCAUUGCUGUUAGACGAAGAGGAUAUUGCACGAGACCUUGUCGAGAAGUACGUCCCCAAUAUCUACCGUCAUGUGCAAGAGAAAAGCGCCUCUUCUACUACCCUCGCGGAGGACAUAAGGAAAUGGCUCGAAGCCCAUCUUGGUCUACACCACUCACCCAGAAUAUGGCAUAUUCUCAAAUCUGCAUACAUUGGUCAAGCCCUCAACAUGGACGAAGAAGCGCUCGAAGCUUUCGUAUCCAAAGGUUGUGCUAACAUCAAAGAACGCUUCACACACGGUCCCCGCCGUCCUUACGCGGAUCUCAAGAUAUCAGAGUUGGUCCACCUCCUCACCGCCGAUACCCCAGAACCUGUGCCAAUACCCAACAAUUCCCACCAAGUUUGCUUCAUUAGCUUGCCCGACGAACCGUCAACAUAUCUUCAGCCCCCAGCAACACCCUCCCAGGUUGCCGAAUUAGAAUCUCGGCUGCAGGGUGACUCCACCGAAGAAUACGCAGAUGCGAUGCAAGCCGACGAACAGCUCCCAGAAGACUACAAAGCUUUUCUCCUCACCAGCAACGGCUUUUGCGCCCCUGGUGAGGGAGAUAAUCCCGGCGCCAUCUUCUUCGACAUAGAAGGCGUUGCAAACCACGACAUCCAAUUUCUAGAAGAUUACGAGUUUGAGCUUUUCUCCAACGCUCUCCACAGCGAAGACAUAUCCGAUAAUAUCCUUUUUGGCGACAUCAAGGGGUUUACGAUCGGCGCGGGAGGAGACGAGGGCGAUAUCGUUCUGUUCUCGCCAACUACAGUCAAGCCUAUGUUAGAGGCGUUCGAGAAGGUGUAUGCGACGGCAAGCGACCGGGAGAGACGUGCGUAUGAACGAGCUGCUGUGAGCUUGUAUGGAGGAAUAGAGAAGUUGAGGGGCGUUGAGUGGUUGUGUACAAUGAAUUUCCAUUGGGCCGGGGAGCAGGAUAUUUGGGGCAGUUUCAGAGAGUUCCUUGAGUAUAUUGUAGGAUAUGCGGUGAAGACGAGGUGGGAGCAUGAGCGGAAGAUGAAGGAGGAGAAGGGAGAAAAGAGGAAACGAGGCGAGGGCGAGGCCCAUAAUAAGAGUCAGGAUGUAGGUAUGCGCGGUGACGAGGACAUAGCAGAGGAUGUAGUUGUAAAGAGUGCAACCGAGCAUCAUGAACAAGGGCGGUAUGAUCUGAGGGAUACGAAAAGUAGACGAACGGAGUAG